ACACAUUCGAAAGUAGACAUCGAUGGUAUCGGGAUAUUUUAUAAAUGGUUAUAAGUUUCUUAGGAUAAAGCUUCAAGUAAACGUGGGCCUCAGUUUACACUUCACUUUUACUAUAUAUUUCUCCUGAGAACAGUCCUGUUUUUAAUUUGUGUUGAUUAGAAGACAUCCUGGAUCCAAAAAGGACACAAAACACCGGGUUUUGGGAUGCGGACUGCGCAAAACUAUUUUUGACAAACAUCCCGAGGAUGUCAACGACGCCGAAGCGAUAUAGUAAAAAACCCGCUGCCCCUUAUUUCAGUGACAUACAACUUUUCCGUCGUGUUGACAAGUACCUGGAGGGUAAAGACAAUGACAUUAUCCAAGACGCUAUCAACAAAGAGGCCAUGGUCUCCCACCUUAGGAACAUGUACAAAGAGUAUUCGAGGAGGAACAGAUCGGCGUUUAGAGCUACAGCUUUAAAAGCUUUUGACAUUAUAAAGCGGACGAUAAUGGAAGCCAAGUCGUAUGAAAAUGAGUACGAAACUGGACUUAGGCCAUUUGAAGAUGAUGACGACACAGAAUUAAUUGACACAAUGUCUAGUACACCGAAUUCGACUCAGAACCAUGGUUACAUGAACUCCAUUCAAGCGAUGGUCAAUAGAAGUGGUCAGGCAAAAGGGUCUAGAAGUGACGCGCAGGAGUUGAUAAACAUCAGCAGCGAUGAAGAUGAGCCGAAAAAAUCAAGGCACGUAAGCCCCGAUAAAUUCGAUGAUGACUCCAAGUCAGUAGACAGAUCGGCUUCUGGUUGCAAACAUUCGAUGCCACCGACAAAAAAACGAAAAUCGUAUAUGUCCAUGCAUCUUCAGCCUAUGAAGAAAAGGAGAGAGAUCAUCCCAGACAUAAUACCUGAUCUAAAUUACCAAGAUUUUGGAGGCUACCCUAAAGUUUUAGAAACUGUGAACAACUUAGUUCUUCAUUUUUACCAGUAUGAAAUUUUCUCUGUGCUUGGUGUAUCACCACCAAGGGGUUUUCUUCUUCAUGGCCCUCCUGGAUGUGGAAAAACCUAUUUAUCGCAAUGCAUUGCCGGUGAGUUAAGUUUGCCUUUGAUUAGUGUGGCCGGUCCAGAACUAGUCGGAGGCAUGUCUGGAGAAUCGGAGCAAAGAAUUAGAGAUCUUUUUGCGAGGGCGAGAGAUCAAGUACCGUGUGUCCUCUUCAUUGAUGAAAUUGAUGCAAUUUGCCAAUCAAGAGAAAAUGCAAAGAAAGAAAUGGAGAAAAGGAUUGUUUCACAGCUAAUCGCUUCAUUCGAUGAACUAAAUGAAUGCGAUGAAGGCAACGAGCUGAUUGUGAUAGGAGCGACAAACAGGUUGGAAGUGAUAGAUCCAGCGUUGCGUAGAGCUGGACGGUUCGAUAAAGAGGUAUGCCUUGGAAUACCAGGGAGGGAUGCAAGAGAGGGCAUACUCCAAGUCUUAUGUUCUAAAGUCAAAUUUAGCCAAGAGAUCUCAAUACCGAAGAUUGCGGAGUUGACCCCUGGUUAUGUCGCAGCAGAUUUAAAAGCCCUUAUUCGAGAAGCAGCUGUGAUCACUGUUAGAAGAUUUAUGUCGAACAUACCAAUGAAAAAAACUUUACCUGUUAAUGGGGUUAACAACUUAGAAGAAACUAAGGCGAAAGAUGAAGAGACUAAAAAAGACAGUAAAGAUGGUGAAGAGAACACCUCUAGUUCAAAAAAGGCUAGUUCCAAGGAACAGUCACCUGAAGAUGACAUCUGUGAAAUAAUUGAAGAGAUACCAGGAUCGGACUGUCCUCAACCGAGGUUUUACAAUAGAUUAAGAAUGGUGAAGAGCCUCCUCUCCCAAGACUUGGAAGAUCUUUGUAUAGGGAUGGAUGAUAUUACUGCUGCGAUCAAAACUGUUCAACCUUCAGCAAAGAGAGAAGGCUUCGCCACUGUGCCAGAUGUCACUUGGGAUGACAUUGGCUCCCUUCAGGAUAUCAGGAAUGAACUCAAAAUGUCAAUUAUGAUGCCUGUAAAAUAUCCAACAGAGUUUUCAAAAAUGGGAAUUGAGACCCCUUCUGGUAUAUUGUUGUGUGGCCCACCUGGUUGUGGGAAAACACUUUUAGCUAAAGCAGUUGCAAACGAGGCGAAUAUUAAUUUCAUUUCUGUCAAAGGACCAGAGCUUCUAAAUAUGUAUGUUGGGGAGAGUGAAAGAGCAGUACGUCAGUGUUUCCAGAGGGCGAAAAAUUCUCAACCUUGUGUUAUAUUCUUCGAUGAAAUUGAUGCCCUUUGCCCUAAAAGAUCGGAUUCUACUGAGGGAAGUGUCAGUUCAAGGAUGGUUAACCAAGUAUUGACUGAAAUGGAUGGGGUCGAAGGUCGUGAAGGUGUGUUUUUAAUGGCGGCUACAAACAGGCCAGACAUGGUUGACCCUGCUGUCCUUAGGCCUGGUCGUUUUGACAAGAUUCUUUAUGUAGGUCUUCCUUUAGGUGUAGAUCGUGUUGAAAUACUUAAAGCCAUUACAAAGAACGGCACAAAACCACCAUUGUCAAAUGAUGUCUCCCUCGAAGAAAUCGGGAGCAGCGGUAGUUGUGAAGGAUACUCAGGAGCAGAUCUAGCAGCUUUAGUGAAAGAAGCCUCACUCUUGGCCCUUACAGAAUACAUUAACGUCCUUGAGGGGCCUCAAGAAGAAAUGGUACCUGUAGAAGCUGAGGAAUUGAUAGUUCAUGCUAAACAUUUUACAAAAGCAAUAAGUAAAAUAAGACCUUCAGUUACGCCCAAGGACCAAAAGAGAUAUGAGUCACUUAAAAUUUUAUAUGGCCAACCUGGUAGAUCGGUUGAUCCUGAUACUGAAAUGGAUAUCGAAAACUAGUCCUAGUGAUGAUAAGGGAUUGCAAUUUGUUUAUUCAUUUAUUAAGCGGAACCAGAUUACAACUUACUUUCAUCGACAAACUUGCAUUAACAGUGACGUUGCUUGUUUGAGAAUCUAUUUGUUUGUACUGUUCAAAUAUCUCUUGAUCCAAAGAAUCUUCUUGGAGGCGUGAAUCCGAUCUGUGGUGUAAUACUAACUGUGACGUUGUUGACAUUUUUGAUUUUAUUUUUAUUUUUUUAAGAGUAAAUUUUGAAAUAAAGGAGCCAAUUUUUUUUUUAAUAAUGUAUUUUAUUUUUUUACACCUGUCAAAUUGAGAUCAUAGUUUAGUCUUGAAAUUGUUGUCAUGAAUGUAUUUUUUAGACUUAAAAUAAAACUGAUAAUUUCUUGUUUCAA